UUGAACAUUUACUGUAGAAUAGAUUGGUUGUAAAUUAUUCUGUGUUUCGUGUUGUUAUUUGGAAACUUUUUGUGUCUAACGAAGUGACCAGUUAGAAAAAAAAUUUUAUCAAAAUGAAAAUGAGUAAAGUUGGAAACCAAACAAAUUCACAAGACCCGCAGGCAGUUAAUUCACGAGUGUUUGUCGGUAAUCUGAAUACAUUUCAAUGUUCAAAAACAGAUGUGGAACGUAUGUUUCAACGGUAUGGUCGUUUAGCAGGAAUAUCAAUGCAUAAAGGAUAUGCAUUUGUUCAGUUUACAAACCCAUUUGAUGCAAGAAAUGCUUGUGUGGGUGAAGAUGGACGAACUGUUUUAGGCCAAAUUCUUGAUGUAAAUAUGGUCGCAGAACCAAAACCACACCAAACAGGGAGAAAAAGACAAAAUGUUACAUUAACAGACAAUGAUUGGGAUUAUUAUUAUGAUAGUUAUUAUGCAUCUACAGUAGGAUUUUCAACUGGAUCAGCUGUGUCUGCAACACAUCUUGUAGUACCAUCAGUUAAACGUCAACGUUUAUCAUCGUCUUCAUCACGAGCAAUGAAAAAUGGUACCAAAGUAAAUGGGAAUAAUAAUAAUAAUGGUACAAAUUAUGUAAUUCCACACAUACCAGAAAAUUCAUUAAAAGUUUACAGUAACCCAGAUAUUUUAAUAUGUGGCAAUUGUCGAGAGAUGUUCACAGACUUAAAAGAGAUUAUCAACCACAAGAAAACAUAUUGUAAAUUACGAUUUACAUGCAGAUGUCACACAAUGGACGCAAGGGACCCUAAUGAUAAAGUAACAAAUGGUAGCGAUACAUCUUUAUUGUGUUCACAUUGUAAAGAUCCAUUUCCAAAUGCAUGGGAUCUAAUGGUACAUAUACAAGCAACACAUAUGAUCAAUAUUUAUGAAUUGGGUGUACCAUAUUCAGAUGAUAAAGAAGAUUCAUCAGGUAGAUCGAACACAUCCUCACCAAUCAAUUCACAACAUGAGAAAACGAAUGAAGAUCAACACACUAACGACAAUGAGAGGCAAAAUGGAAAUUGUAAACAAAAUGGUGAUUCAACAAAUGAUUCAGUUAUGACUGAAAUAUUUUCCAAUAAUGGUCAAAAUGGAAAUGGUCUUCUUAUGAAUGAUGACACAAUUCUUGACCGUACCAAUCAUCUUCCAAAUACCACAAUUAUUGCCGAUUCACAAACAUUAUCAUCAGUGUUAUUAACAAAUGGAAAAAAAUGA